AUGGUGAAAAGCCACAUAGGCGGCUGGAUCCUGCUUCUCUUUGUGGCCACAUGGAGUGACGUGGGCCUCUGCAAGAAGCGGCCGAAGCCUGGAGGAUGGAACACAGGGGGUGGGAGCCGAUACCCAGGCCAGGGUAGCCCUGGAGGCAACCGCUACCCACCCCAGGGCGGUGGUGGCUGGGGUCAGCCCCAUGGUGGCGGCUGGGGUCAGCCUCAUGGUGGCGGCUGGGGUCAGCCCCACGGUGGUGGCUGGGGACAGCCACAUGGUGGUGGUGGUUGGGGUCAAGGUGGUGGCAGCCACGGUCAGUGGGGCAAGCCCAAUAAGCCCAAAACCAACAUGAAGCACGUGGCAGGAGCCGCAGCAGCCGGGGCGGUAGUAGGGGGCCUUGGUGGCUACAUGCUGGGGAGUGCCAUGAGCAGGCCACUCAUUCAUUUUGGCAAUGACUAUGAGGACCGUUACUAUCGUGAGAACAUGUACCGCUACCCCGAGCAAGUAUACUACCGGCCAGUGGAUCAGUACAGCAACCAGAACAACUUUGUGCGUGACUGCGUCAACAUCACUGUCAAGCAGCACACAGUGACCACCACCACCAAGGGGGAGAACUUCACAGAGACCGACAUGAAGAUCAUGGAGCGUGUGGUGGAGCAGAUGUGUGUCACCCAGUACCAGAAGGAGUCCGAGGCUUACUACCAAAGAGGGGCAAGCGCCAUCCUCUUCUCCCCGCCGCCCGUGAUCCUCCUCAUCUCGCUGCUCAUUCUCUUGAUAGUGGGAUGA